AACGCUGGCGCUAACUGAUUACGCUUAACUCGACGCUCGUGCUGAUUGGAGAAUUAUUUUCGUAGUUGAUACAACAGAAUCUCGUUAGUUCAGUUUGAACAGUCGCGGGGGUCAGCUCGACGACAUAGCUUGCGGUACAAACUCCACAAUCAUUGUGCAAAUUCCAUUUUUUAAGAAGAGAUAAGUCUUAAGUUUGGAUACUGUUUUCAAUUUUCAAAAUGCUUAGAAACUCACGCUUGGCUUUGAGGAUUACACCAAAGAGAUUACUCCACAUAUCUCCAAAAGUUUUGCGCUCUUCGUCUGGGAUCGAAGUCCAAUCGUUGACCGCCGAAGGUAAUCAAAGCUAUGUGCACAACGCAGAUGCACGACCUUUGCUGUACCGGAACAUUGGCCAGCACAUUCGCUUAGCUGCAGAGAAAUAUCCGAACAAUGAAGCGUUGGUGUCUUGCCAUGAAUCCAAACGGUUUUCGUUUUCUGAUGUUUUGGAAAAGGUUGAUCGAUUGGCCAGCAGCUUGCAUCUUCUCGGAUUGGAAAAGGGUGAUCGCGUAGGAAUUUGGGCACCCAACUGUUCUGCCUACUAUUUGACCACUUUGGCAAUCUCACGUGCUGGAAUGAUCGCCGUUGGUAUCAAUCCGGCUUUACAAUUGCCAGAAGUUGAAUAUGCAAUGAACAAAGUUCAAAUAAAAGCUCUGGUGACUAUUGAAAGCUACAGAACGCAAAAAUACUACGAAGCGCUGUGUCAAUUGAUGCCGGAGCUUGCCGAGAGUUCUCCAGGAAAACUGAAGUCUUCCAAAGUUCCUUCCCUGAAAAUGGUCAUAGUUGAUACGGAAUCCAAAAAGUUACCGGGAACCAUGACCUUGAACGACAUGCUGCAGAUGGCAUCCGAGGAGGAGAUAUCCAAGAUUGAGUCUCUUCAGCCGGGUAUUUCUCCGGAUAGCGGUGCCGCCUUGUUAUUCACCUCUGGAACCACUGGUCAACCAAAAGCUGCCCUGUUAUCUCAUUUUGGAUUGGUUAACAACGGAACGCACUCGGCCAACCGUCUGGAGCUUGAUUGCAAACCGCAUCGUAUUUGUCUUCAAGUCCCACUAUUUCACGUGUUCGGGAUGUCCCUGGGACUAAUGGCGUCGUUCAACUACGGCAGUGCGUUGGUGUUCCCAUCAGCAGGAUUCCAGGCCAUUGCCUCUCUGAAAGCCAUCGUGGAAGAGAAAUGUACCAUGAUUUACGGAACUCCAACGAUGUUCGUGGAUUUGUUGAAUGAAGUCCAGAAGGAUAGCAAAAAACUACCUCCGCUUGACUUCGCGCUGAUUGGGGCUUCUAGUUGUUCACCGAAUCUCAUACUGGAGGUGAAAAAAGGUUUGGGUGUUCGAGAAGUGCUGGCUGGCUAUGGAAUGACGGAAGCUUCCGGAGCGACGUUCACUUCUGGCCGAGGAGACAAAACGGAAGUUGCUUUGGCUACGGUUGGCAAGCUUAUGGAGCACUUUGAGGCAAAGGUCGUUGACAAUGAGGGUAAUGCAGUGCCGUUUGGAACACCUGGCGAGCUGUGCUUGCGAGGCUAUGGGACCAUGCUGGGUUACUGGGAAGAAGAACAGAAAACCAAGGAGAUAAUAGGAGCAGAUCAUUGGUUGAAAACUGGCGAUCAAUUCGUGUUGAGUCAAAACGGUUACGGUACGGUGGUUGGUCGAAUUAAGGAGGUUAUCAUCAGAGGAGGAGAGAACGUGUAUCCUAAAGAGAUUGAAGACAUAUUGAAUACGCAUCCACAUCUGCUGGAAGCGUACUGUAUUGGCGUGCCGGACGAGCGAUUGGUAGAGGAAAUUUGUGCUUUCGUGAGAGUGAAAGAGACGGCACCGAAAGGAGCGAUCGAUCUAGAUGAGAUCAAGCAAUUCUGCCAAGGGAAGCUGGCCAAUUUCAAAAUUCCUCGACAUUUGAGGAUAGUUGAACAUUUCCCGAAGACGACUUCUGGGAAAAUUCAGAAAUUCAAAUUGUUAGAAAUGUUUAUGAAUGAAAAUAAAGUAUAAAUAUGUUUUUAAAUAAA